AUGGAUGGACUUGCAAGGUGGAAUGAGGACCGGGCUGUGGUAGCAACAACUGAUGAGCAGCAGCCCCAUUCCUACAAUCAUCUUCAUGCUGUCAAUACUCUUGCAGAGGAGGUUAUGGGCAAGAAAAUCAUCCCUUAUGUUGGGCCAAGAAAGUACACUGGUGAGCUUAUUGGAGUGGAAUACCUUUACCAGCAAACUGGUAAAGUUCUGCAGGACUACAAGUUGGCCAUUGAAGAGUCCGAGACCACUGAGGUUGGUAUAGAAGUGGAUGAAGGUUAUGCUGAACUUGAGGAGUUUCAGGACAUCACUGUCCCCACCUUUGACACAGAACGGACACCUGUUGCCUCUUCACAAGCAUCAGUGUCUGCAGCAUCAUCUCCAACCCCUCCUGUCACCAGCUCCAUUUCAUCAUUGUCUGUGGUUCCUCCAUCACCAGUGACAUCUCCUGUCACCAGCUCCAUUUCAUCAUUGUCUGUGGUUCCUCCAUCACCAGUGACAUCUCCUGUCAACAGCUCCAUUUCAUCAUUGUCUGUGGUUCCUCCAUCACCAGUGACAUCUGUCACCUGCUCCAUUUCAUCAUUGUCUGUGGCCCCUCCGUCUCCUGUCACCAGCCCACUGCACAGUCAUUCAAAGCCAGGACUCUUUCCUGGAGCACAUAGCUGUGAGUUUACCAAAGUAUCUAUAUAG